GCUUCCUCGGGCACUCCAGACUCCAGCCACACUUCAGCCUAGCGCCAUGGCCCCUCCCACCUGCCGGCUCCUCAGUGCUGCACUGGUCCUGCUGCUGCUGCUGGCCACCAACCACCAGGCUACAGGGGCUGUUGUGGCCAGUGAACUGCGCUGUCAAUGCCUGAAGACCCUGCCAAGGGUUGACUUCAAGAACAUCCAGAGCUUGAGUGUGACGCCCCCAGGACCCCACUGCGCCCAGACAGAAGUCAUAGCCACUCUCAAGGGCGGUCAAAAAGUUUGCCUUGACCCUGAAGCCCCCCUGGUUCAGAAAAUCAUCCAAAAGAUACUGAACAAAGGCAAGGCUAACUGACCUGGAAAGGAGGAGCCUGGGCUGCUGUCCCUCAACGGAAGAACCAAAGAGAAAGAAAAAAACAAACAGCACCCGGGAAGCCUGGAUCGUACCUGAUGUGCCUCGCUGUCUGAGAGUUCACUUAUUUAUUUAUCUAUGUAUUUAUUUAUUUAUUAAUUCCAUUGCCCAGAUGUUGUUAUGUUUAUUUUGAUAUUUAAAGAUAUGCAUUCGCUAAUUCACUGUAAUAUCUUAAAAGGUCAUUUUAAUAUGUUAAAGUUUAUUUUAAUAAUGUUUAAUGUGUUCAAUUAAAGUUAUUUAACUUAUAUAGUUGGAAGGUGAUAAAUUUUUAAACCUAUUUAUUCAUUAGUUUCUGGGGAGAGGGUGAGUUGGGAACUAGCUACAUCCCACCCACACAGUGAAAGAGACUGGGGAUAAGGGGUGGGGGUGGGGACAAAUAGAUGCAGUCGGAUGGCUUUCAUGGAAGGAGUGUGCAUGUUCACAUCAUUUUUUUGUAAGCACCGAGGAGAGUAGAACAGCUGUUAUUUAGGUUUCAGUGUUUGUAAACUGUAUGUACAACAUUUUUGAUGCUGGAUUUCAAUGUAAUGUUGUGAGUAACCCUUGGACAUUUUAUGUCUUCCUCGUAAGGCACAGUGCCUUGCUUAGCAAUUGUUUUGUCAUGCCUUUUCGUGUCUUGAAGUGGACACAUUUAUUUAUUCAUGUAUUUUUACAAAUAACAAAAAAUAAAAACGUCUGUU